GCUGUCGCCGGCCAAUCGUCCGGACUCCCUCCGAGCUGCUUGUGACAGGGGUUUCGUGCUGAGCAUGUCGCACUUCGCACUUUGAACCAACCACACCAACAGACAGAGGGGGGCAGAAAAUCAUACCAACACUGGCAUGAAUGGAUUCUCAUGACGCAGGGCUAUCAGCAAGAUAUCCGACCGCCUCGGUUAUUCAUUACCCCGGAGGCAAUCACAGACGCCAAGGGAGGAAAAGGACAAGCGACUGCAUGGGUCUAUGGGUACCACAAGAGACGAUUAAGUGAAGAAAAAAGAGGCCAAAAGAGCAAAGCAAAGAGGGGAAAAAAAAGACCAUGUUCCAACAGCAUGAUCGAGAACCUUAAGCCACCCUGGUCCCUGUCCCCUGUCCGAAUCCACUGUUCUAGACCCUUUGAGGUCGAGUUGCAGCGAGUUGCAGCGAGGUGCAGUGACUUCAGAGCCACCGAUUCGGCCCGCUCUCUUACGUCUCUAACCAGAAAGCGAAAGUCAUUCACCAGUCAAUUCCCAGCCGCUCCUGUUGGUGCCUGUUGGAGCAAACGCGCAAAAAGGCGGAGUAUCGGCUUGCAGAUCCGGGUAUCCUCACGUUAUCACUGCAACGGACAUAGUUUUAUCCAUGGUGCGCCUCAGUCCUUACAACAGACGACUUGUAGAGCCGUGAUUUCUGCGCCCUUGGCCUCACUCUGGAAGCAUCUCGGAAAGUAUGUCAUUAAGUGGAUCGAUUGGAUUGUUGAUGUUCCAACUGCAUUGAGUAUUUCCAUCACUGACUUAGCUAGUACGACAUCGUGAUAUGAUUGUAGUUCCUAGCUAUGAUCUUUCAGCUCGACAAUAGAAAACGUCGGCAACUCAUCAAA